AUGAAGCCGUUCCUCAGCAUAUUCCCCAUCCCAACGUCCACCUUCAACAACACCUUCACGACCAGUAGCACGAUCGUCUACGGCGUGCACCCCCAAGUCACCAUCGAUAACCCCGAGCUCUUCUACCUGCCUGCAUCGUGGACCUUCACCAUGGCCGUCGCCUUCCUCAUUUAUGGCUCGCCCCCCUCCCUUGUCCACCUCUCCUCUCCCCAGCUCGCCUGCGCCUGCAAGCCCAAGCCGACUAGACGGACUUCAUCCACCGUCUCGUUCACGAAGAAGGUGCAGGACCUCACCAGGACGCAGGCAGAAGCCAUGGCGUUGUAUACGGCGACCACCGGGCAGCUCAUGGAGAUGAGGACGCGCCACGAAGAGCUCACGGAGAGCCACGCGAAGGAGAUGGCGGUCGCGAAGGCGGAGACCCGUCGCCUGUCUGAGCAGCGUGCGACGACGUUGGGUCGCUUGCAGGUCGCCACCACCAAGCUAGGCGAUGCCAACACCGCGAACGAUGUCUUGCGGGCUAAGCUUGAGGAGCCGCAACCUGUAAUCCGCACGCAAGAUGUAGCGGAAAACCGCGCGCUACAGACAGUGCGAGACUUGCUGAAGGAGAAGUGCAACUUGGAGAAGGCCACCCGUGAUUCAGUGACGGCCGAGCGCGACGCGCUGAGGUUGCAGGUCGUGCACCUCCAGAAUGCCACGGCCUCACCAAUUUCGCCCCAGCGCUCGCCGCCUUUGUCGUUCACUCGACACUCUCGGAGGCGCCCCCACCCCGCUUGCGACGAACUCGAGCUGGCCCCGCACCUCCUCAUCCUCCUCAACGACUCUCCCAGCCGCUUCGCGCCUCUAUGGUUCCUCCCCCAACAUCCUCGGCUUCGAAUUCCAGCCUGCACGGACUUCUUCUCCUGCUCACCGAGCGUCCCCGCGCUCGGACGGGGGGAGCGCCGCCGCCACUCAGCACCCGCCGCUCCGGUCGCGGAGUAA